AUGAAGGAUAAUAAAAGGAUAGCUUCACUAGAGCACACAGAUAUAGUGAGAGGAAUAGUAAAAGCUGGUAAUUAUUGAGUAUCAAUAGGUGAUGACAAAACAAUCAAAUUUCAUAGUCUAAAUUGGGAGGCUUCACAAUCAGUUAUAGCCUAUAAUCUAACUCAUGGCAAAAAGCCUACAUCAUUAGUGUUUUUACAUAAUUUAAUUGUGUUCGCAGACAAAACGGGAGAAGCAUGGAAAAUUGAUUUGGCUAGACUGAGCUCAGGGAGAACCAAGGAGCUUGAUUGUAUCGCAUUUGCAAUGGGGCAUCAAUCCACAAUCACUUAUAUGGCAAAAGGAGAAAAUUCAUUAAUUACUGCUGAUAAGGACAAUAAAAUAAAGAUAAGCGAAAGUCCUCAGUUUUAUGAGGUGAGAAGUGUGCUGCUUGGGCAUAAUUUUACAGUUUUGUCUGCUAUAGAAUAUGAAGGGAAGAUUUAUAGCUCUGAUGAAAGUGGGUGCAUAAAGAAAUGAAAUGGGACUGAGGAAGAAGCUAGCAUACAGACUAUGGAAGCGGUUCAAUUAUUUGUAGCAAAUAAUAGGAUUUUGGGAGCUUCAAAGUCGGGGUAUUUUUAUGUAAAUCCAAGAAAUUUGCAGUCUUUGCCUAUUGCUUUGGAACCGUUUGGAAUUGCGGCAGUUUGGGAAAAUUAUCUUUAUCAAAUAGAUAGCGAGUUGAGCAUAAGACAAAUUGAUUUGAGGCUGCAGGGACAUAAAACAGAUAAUUAA